AUGUCUGCAUCCGCUGGCGGUGGUGGUGGCGGUCAGGAAGAAGACAAGAAACCCGGAGGGGAUCAGUCCGCUCACAUUAACCUCAAAGUCAAAGGCCAGGAUGGCAAUGAGGUGUUCUUCAGGAUCAAGCGAAGCACUCAGCUGCGGAAACUAAUGACUGCAUACUGUGAUAGACAGUCAGUUGAAUUCAACUCGAUUGCAUUUUUGUUUGAUGGGCGCCGACUCCGUGGAGAACAGACUCCAGAUGAGCUUGAAAUGGAAGAUGGUGAUGAAAUUGAUGCAAUGCUGCACCAAACUGGAGGCGGUCAUGUAUCCCUUGACUAA